UCAAUGGUACAUGAAGUUGUCUGCCGACGAGAGGGAGAUGUUUGGCCUUAAGAUAAAACCGAUAGAUUUUCACGUCGAAGGCGAGGCAGUCCUAUGGCUACGAUUCAAGGAUAUAUAUACAAAGUGUACCAUCAUGGUGCCCUAGACGUCUCUCAGAUGAGCGCCUGGACUCUCGUACCUCCAUAUUGGCUCAUGGAUCCAUCCAUAGUGAACCAAGCCCAGAUAUGAGAUUUUCCAGAUAAAAUGUUGCUAGCAAUAUACAAUUCUUUAGACAGACAAAAAUUAAAGGAUCACAUACUGCAUCCAUACAACUUCAAGUCCCACUGGAUCCUCAUUAUUAUUAACAUUGACCGAAGUCACGUCACUAUCUUUGAUUCGUUGAGCAGAGAUCCGAAGGAGUACCAAGAUGUUCAACACAAGCUAGACAUAGCACGGAGAGAAUUCAUCAGGGUAAAAAGAUAUGGUCAAUUCAAAGAAAAACUUACAUGGAGAACAGACUUCCUAUGCUUAAGACAGGAACCUGGGAAUGAUAAUCUAUGUGGCAACUAUGUCUGUGAGCACAUGCAAAAUUUAUUGGGACCCAAGACCAGCAAGGCCACGGAGCACGAAUUUAAAAUGUGGAAUAUUCAAUUGGGACUCUUGAAGAAGGAAAGAGUAGCGGCAAUAUGUGAAGGUCUCAUUGGAUUCCUGGUGGAUGAGGUGGUAAAUCCAAAAGGAGACUUUCAUUACGAUGGACGAAAAUUAGACGCUCCCAGCACCUCGAUGAGAAGAUCAUCGUAGAUAUAUAUAAUACGUACACUAAUUAGAUUUGUAUA